CGUUAUCUCACAAGCUGUCAGUUGUCAGAAUGUCAAACUCGUUUAAACGUCACUGGUCAAUUUGAGGUUAAAUUUCUUUUUGUGAGAUUCUUGAAAGAAAAUGGCUCCUCCGAAACCAAAAUCGGCGGAAAAGCCCGCGGCCAAGAAAGAAGAGAAGAAGAAGCCCGCUUCGGCCCCCGCGGCUGCUGGUGCGCCAGGUUCUUCCAAGACCCCCGCUGCGGCCCCCAAAGCUGCCGCUAAGGCGGGUGGCAGUAGCAAACCAGCAUCCAAACCUGCAGCUGCAAAGGCUCCAGCCAAGGGUGCUGCUAAGGCCCCUGCAGCUGCCAAGGCUAAAGCCCCUGCUGGCAAAGCCCCAGCCAAGGGUGCCGCCAAACCAGCUAAAGGUGCCGCUAAACCAGCAGCCAAGGGAGCCAAAAAGCCUGUAGCUAAACCUGCAGGUGCCAAAGGUAAAGUCCCCCCAAAACCCCUGUUGGCUAAACCCAAGAGAACCGUACCUGUCAAGCAACAAAAAGGUGUUGGAGGCAAAAAAGUGCCACAAUCCGCCCCAGCUGUUGCGAAGGCUUUGAACAUCAAAAAGAAGGUGAUCAAGGGCCCCAAUGGAACUCGCUCCAGGAAGAUUAGGACUUCUGUGCACUUCCACAGACCGAGAACUCUAAGGCCCCCAAGGAACCCCAAAUAUCCCAAGAAGAGUGUGCCCACUAGGUCUCGUAUGGACGCAUACAACAUCAUCAAAUAUCCAUUGACCACUGAAGCCGCCAUGAAGAAAAUCGAAGACAACAACACUUUGGUCUUCCUGGUUCACACCAGAUCAAACAAACACCAUAUUAAGGCCGCCGUCAAGAAACUGUAUGACAUCAAUGUUGCUAAAGUCAACACCCUCAUCAGGCCUGACGGUAAGAAGAAGGCUUACGUAAGACUAGCGAGGGACUACGAUGCGCUAGACGUAGCCAAUAAAAUUGGAAUCAUAUAAGUUAUAAAUGGUUUCAAGUUUUGUUUUUUGUAAUAUUUUAAUUUUAUGACUAAAAUUACGGAGAAAACUUAAA